UCCUCCCCCUCCUCCCUUCUCCUCCUCCUCCCCUCCUCUAUCAGAUGAUAAACAGCCUCAGUAUUCUGACCAGAAUGAACCUUCAGAGAUGAUGGCUACCAGAGUGGAUCGAGACGUGCAAAUCCUGAACCACAUUCUGGACCACAUCGAGUUCUUCGUGACCAAACUGCAGAAAGCGGCUGAGGCCUUCAACGAGCUCUCUAAGAGGAAGAAAUCUAAAAAGAACAAGAAGAAGGGACCCGGAGAGGGAGUGCUAACACUGCGAGCCAAGCCUCCCACUCAGGAGGAGUUUGUUGACUGUUUCCAGAAGUUCAAACAUGCCUUCAACCUGCUGGGGAAGUUGAAGUCCCACAUCCAGAACCCCAGCGCUGAUGAUCUGGUCCACUUCCUGUUUACACCACUCAGGAUGGUGAUCCAGACCUCUGGAGGGACAGAGCUGGCUAAGAGCGUGGUGGUUCCUCUGUUGACCAUAGAGGCUAUAGACUUCCUGCACUCAGCUGGGACGCCAGAGGAAAGACACCUGUGGGUUGCCCUGGGGGAGGGGUGGACCAAGUGCAGGUAGGAGGCUAGAGGUCACGA